UGUUGCCGCGUAGGAUCGAAGACGCGUGGAAAUUCAUAAACUGGGCGGACCUGGUAGUUCCGAUCGGCGGAGACGGCGCGUUUCUGCUCGCCUCGAAACUGAUUACGGACAAUACGAAGCCGAUGCUCGGCAUCAAUCCGAGCGUCACGGACGGCAGUAACGUUUUCACGAUCCCCGCGAAGUACACGACCGACACCGAGAGCGUAUUCGAGCGACUCCACGCAGGAAGGUACACGCUGCUGAUGCGGAGUCGCAUACGAACGGUGAUGAAUGCGGAGGGACUUUACAGACGACCUUUUCACACACGCGAGAAGAUCCGUACGCAAGGGAAGAUUAGAGCCGAAGAUCUCGUACGAUUGGCGGAAAGGAAAAUGGCGCUUCAACCGCGUCAGAGGAUUUUGCCUUGGCUGGCGCUGAACGAAGUGUUCAUAGGAGAAUUCAUGGCGGCCAGGCCAAUAACGUUGCACGUCGGAGUCGAAAACCACGCGCCAUAUCUAGUUCGAAGUUCGGGCAUAUGCGUUUGUACGGGCACCGGCUCCCGGUUCUGGUACAAAUCUAUUAACGUACAGUCGGCCGAAACUGUUCGAAGCAUCGUCGAAAUAGCCACCGGCGAUAAAUUAAGCCUCGAGGAAACCAACGAGUUGCUCCACAAAUACCAUCAGGCUCUUCUCUACUCGGCAGAGGAUUUAAACAUGAUAUACAUGAUCCGCGAGAUAUAUCACACCACGCGUUGCACGAAGCGGAAGUGCUGCCCGGACAGACAAAAGUGCAGCAAGCUUACUGUGAAAUCCUGUGGCUUUGACGCUGGUCUGGUGAUAGACGGAAGCAUCUCCUUGCCCUUCAACGACGGUGCUAUUGCCACUUUCGACAUCAAGCCUGAGUAUUCCUUGAGAAGCAUCGUGCUCACCUGAGCACACCGGUCGCCUGUACGUGUGACCGCGGAGAAAUAAAGGUUCUUCAGGAAGCGAGC